AGUCAGAAAUCAAGUCUUCUUAAACAUCUCAAAAUUCACACAGGAGAGAAGCCAUUUUCAUGUUUAGAAUGUGGGAACUGUUUUCGUCAGAAAUCAAAUCUUGUUGAACAUCAGAAAACUCACACAGAAGAGAAACCAUUUUCAUGUUCGGAAUGUGGGAAGUGGUUUAGGAGCCAACAUCAUCUUAAGAUACACCUAAGAACUCAUACUGGGGAGAAGCUAUAUUCAUGUUCAGAAUGUGGGAAAUGUUUUAGUUAUAAAUCAACUCUUGUGAAACAUCAGAGAAUUCAUACAGGAGAGCGUCGAUUUACAUGUCCGGAAUGUGGGAAAUGUUUUAGUGAUACAUCAAGUCUUGCGCAACAUCAAAGAAUUCACACGGGAGAGAAGCCAUUUUCAUGUCCUGAAUGUGAGAAAUGUUUUAAUCAGAAACCAAAUCUUGAUAUACAUCUGGCAACUCACACAGGAGAGAAGUCAUUUUCAUGUUCUGAAUGUGAUAAGUGGUUUGCUCUGAAAUCAAGUCUUAAUAGACAUCAGAGAAUUCACACAGGAGAGAAGCCGUUUCCAUGUCCGGAAUGUGGGAAAUGUUUUAGUGAUAAAUCAAGUCUUGUACGACAUCAGAUAAAUCAUAAAGGAGAGAAGGGAUUUUCAUGUCCCGAAUGUGAGAAGUGUUUUAGUCAGAAAUCUGUUCUUGAGGUACAUCAGAGAAUUCACACUGGGGUUAAGCCAUUUUCAUGUCCUGAAUGUGGAAAGUGUUUUAAUUGGAAAUCAAAUCUUGAUACACAUCUGAGAACUCAUACAGGAGAGAAGCCAUUUUUAUGUCCUGAAUGUGAGAAGUGUUUUAGACAAGAAUCACUACUUAUUUCACAUCUGAGAACUCACACAGGAGAGAAGCCAUAUUCAUGUCCUGAAUGUAGUACGUCAUUUAAAAGUAAACAUCAUCUUGAGUCUCAUAAGAGAACUCACACAGGAGAGAAGCCAUUUUCAUGCGCUGAAUGUGGAAAGUGUUUUGGUGCGAAAUCAAGUUUUGGUAGACACCUAAAAAUUCACACAGGAGAGAAGCCUACUUAAUAUACAGAAUGUGGGAAAUGCUUUGGCUGUAAACUAAAGGGGUUGUCUGGGCUUUUAACCCCUUCACGUAUUAUGAUAUAACUGUACGUCAUCAUGCCUGAGGGGAUGUAUUUGACCUGACAGGGAGUGUAGAUUGCGUCGCACUCGUCAUUUAACCACUCAGGUGCCGCGAUCAACACAGAUCGUGGCACCUGUGAAUGAAGGCAGAGGGAUGCUGCUCCCUCUGGGUGCUGGCACACAGUGCAGUUCUGACAUGCAUUCAGGAUCCAGUUUUUUAUUGUAGCUAGCUUAAAUUACUUAAAUCAUUUCCUAUAUGCAGAACUCCCGGGGUUAACGAGGCUGCCAAACUGGCUAAAUUGAAAACUGCAUCCUGAAUGCAUGUCAGAACUGCACUGUGUGCCAGUACCCUCUGCCUUCCCAUCGGUUGCCAUGGCAGCUUGGACGCUGCUGAAGCGAUCCAGGCCUGCCAUGGCAUUCUCCAUACUGAGCUAUGCACGAUGCACAGCUCAGAAUGGAUAGAGUAAAAAUCCUAUUCACCCUAAGGGCUCAUGCACACAAACGUAUUUUCUCUCCGUGUCUGUUCCUUUUUUUGUGUGUACCGUAUGCAUAACCAUUUACUUCAA